AUGCAGAGGUCCAGUGUUCACGGAGCAGAAUUCGGACACCUGCCGGACAACAUUACAGUUUUGGAAGGAGAAAGCGUCACUUUGAGAUGUCGGAUUGAUGAGGAGGUGACCCACAAGGCCUGGCUGAACCGCUCUAACAUCCUGUUCACGGGGACAGACAAGUGGUCGCUGGAAAAGCGGGUGACGCUGGUCAACAGUAACAACAGCGACUUCUCCAUCCACAUCGACAAUGUGCAAGUAACUGACGAGGGGCCUUACACCUGCACUUUCCAGGCCAAUAACAUGCCCCGCAUCGCCCACGUCUACCUCAUCGUCCAAGUGCCGGCCAGAAUCGUCAACAUCUCCAAAAACGUGUCGGUCAACGAAGGAGAAGAUGUAAACCUCUUUUGUUUGGCAGUGGGCCGGCCUGAACCCACCGUCACCUGGAAAGACCAGAAAUAUGGGUUGGUGAGUGACGGGGAGUUCCUGGACAUCACAGAGAUCAAGAGGCAGCAGGCCGAGGACUACGAAUGCAUCACCAACAAUGGAGUAGCUCCACCAGAUCAGCGCAAGGUCAAAGUCACAGUCAACUACCCUCCCAUGAUCACAGAUAUGAAGAACAUGCCAGCCCAUUUGGGUAAGACGGCCAUUUUGCGCUGCGAAGCCAUGGCAGUACCACCAGCCUCUUUUGAAUGGUACAGAGAUGACCACAGGCCGGUAGAGAGUGACAACACCCUGAGGAUCAAAAACGAGAAGACGCGCUCGCUGUUGCUGUUCACCAAUGUGACAGAGAAACACUUUGGCAACUACACUUGCUUUGCCUCAAACCGUCUGGGGGCUUCCAACGCCAGCAUGCUGCUUUUUCGACCGGGGGCCAUACAGGGGCGAGGGACCGGUUUACAAGCGGGGAUGAGUGUCGGCAUCUGUGUUUUGGUUUCCCUCUACACUGUUCUUCUGCUGAAGGUUUAA